AUGGUACCACUCAGUUCCGUUACUAACAGUGGAGGCGUGGUUGGAAGUUGUCCCGUCUCUGAUUGGUUCAUGAGGCAAGGGGGGUUCGAGGUCGCGCUGCAAUUGGCUGUUGCUUGGCAGCGGGUGCAGUCCCGGCUCAUUCCGCUCUCAAUGGCGGCGGGGAGCGAUGAGGAGGAAGGCGGCGGAGACUCCGAGUUGCAGCGGCCGGGAGGGGGGAGGAGGAAUGCGGAGAGAUCCCUGGAAGAGGCGGCCCGGACCGGGGAGCUGAGCCUGAGCGGACGGCGACUGAGGAGCAUACCCGAGAGAGGGCGGAGCUACGAUCUAACAGACCUGACCCGAGCUGACUUAUCGAAGAAUCGUUUCUCUGAAGUCCCCGGCGAGCUGUGCCAGUUGGUGUCUCUGGAAUCCCUGAACCUCUACCACAACUGCCUGCGUUCUCUCCCCGAAUGCAUCUGCAACCUACAGGCCCUCACCUACCUGAACAUAAGCCGGAACCUCCUCACCUCUUUACCCCCCUACCUCUGUCGUCUUCCUCUCACCGUGCUUAUCGCCAGCAACAACAAGCUCAACUCCAUUCCAGAGGAAGUGGGCGCCAUGACCAACCUGCGGCAGCUGGAUAUCAGCUGUAACGAGAUUCAGUCUCUGCCGCCACAGAUGGGAUCACUGGAAUCUCUGCGAGAGUUAAAUGUCCGCAGGAAUCAGCUGACCUCCCUGCCGGAGGAACUCUCUGAGCUUCCACUAACACGUCUAGACAUCUCCUGCAACCGCAUCUCCCACAUUCCCGUCUGUUACCGACACCUCCGACACCUUCAGACCAUCAUACUGGACAACAACCCCCUCCAAUAUCCACCCGCCCAGAUUUGUCUCAAAGGGAAGGUUCACAUAUUUAAGUACCUUAACAUAGAAGCUUGCAGUAAGCCUGCCCCGGAACUGGCAGAUCUGGGAAAACUAAGCCGCCCCACAAGUUUUACCACAUGCCUUGCAGAUGAUGUGUAUUCCUCCAGGCCCUAUGGUUGCCUAGAUUCCGGCUUUAACAGCGUAGACAGUGGUAGCAAACGGUGGUCCGGGAAUGAGUCUGCAGACGAGAUGUCGGAUCUCUCCUUCAGAGUGGCCGGUCUGGGCCGGGAUGCCAGGCAGCUCAGAGAGAAGGUCAAUGGAAUAGAUGCAGAUAGCGAGCACACAGACUUCAUAGACAGCAGCACCAACGAGGAGGAGGAGGACGCCAAGUCCGACACCGGGCUACAUAUGACUGAGAAGCGGAAGCCAGAAUUACACUCCACGCCAAGGGCAGAAGACAGGACCCUGGUCGGCGGGCCGGUAGCGUCUCCCCCGUCCCCCGGCGCCUCUCGUCAGGAUCGGGUCACAGAGGAGAGGAGGAGGCCGGAGACGCUGCUCCUCUGGAGGGAGCGGGAGAGGCAGCAGCUUCAGCAGAAGCAGGAGACUCUGCGGAGGCCGUCUGUGGAUCAGAGAGACAGCUUACACAAGAACUUACCCGCCAGCAGCCCUCCAGCUCAGAGCCAGAGUGAGGCUGUCAAUGGCCCCUCUGAGAACUGCAGCAGACUGCGGAGUCAGGGAAGUCAGGCCAGCAUCGGUACGCCCAUCUCUCCUCCCUCGCAGCCCUCAGACUCCUCUGUGACCCAGAAACCCAGAAGUUUCCUCUUCCGAUCGUCCUCCCGCGGAGCCGCACGAAGUUAUUCAGGCUCGGACCCGGGCUCAGGAGAGGGAUCCAGUCCUAUACGGAUGCGCACUUCCCGAGCUUCAUUUGACGAGAAGACAGUUCAAGCGCAACUACGCAAGGAUAUUGAGUCCCACCUAAACAUCACCCUGCAGGAUCCGCUCUGCGAGUCUCUCGCCAAUGGCGUCGUCCUGUGCCAGUUGGUGAACCACCUGAGGCCACGCUUCAUCCCUUUCAUCCACGUGACUUCUCCCGCUGUGCCUAAACUCAACCCUGUGAAAUGUCGCACCAAUGUGGACAGCUUCCUGGAGGCGUGCCAGAGGCUCGGCGUCCCCGAGCGAGAUCUCUGCUCAGCCUCCGACAUCCUGGGAGGUAGGAGCCUGGACGUCAUACAAAGGAUGGUCUCCUCCCUGCUGCUGCUCCUCCUCUCUUCCCGUGACACUCCCACGAGCAGCCCAAGCUCCGCCCUCUCCGAUGAGACAGCGAUGUGUUCUACUCUCCUGCAGCUGCUCUCCCAACACCACGGCUUCCUGCUCUUCUACGCUCUGCUAAUGCUGGCCCUCUGCGUGGCCUACAACAAACUGUCUGUCCUCUAGGAGACGGGCCAU